AUGGCCGAGCAGCUCGGGGUUCGGACAAGCCGUGUAAGUGUCAGCUUACGAAUAUGCCCUGGCGGCGACAAAACAGAAACACUCAUGCAUGGCACUAGGCUUGUAAUGAAUGCCACAGGCGAAAGAAACGAUGCGAUGGAGGGAGGCCGUUGUGCUGUAAUUGCGCAAGAUGGGAAGUCUCUUGCCACUACACCGAAAAAAGACCCAGAGGUCCUGGGAAAAAAGUCUGCUCUGCGCCGGCUCCCUGGCCCUGUUUCGGAUUCCCUAUCGAGAGAGGACUUGGCUGAAGAUGACGAUCCCGACCUCGAUUCCCCGACUGAUACUGGCGAUCCUCGGAGCAGAGACAGCUCGAUUUCGAAUCAAAACCAACGCAACCAAGCAUCUGUUGGAACAAGUAGCGACGAUGAGGCCGAGUUCCUUGACGACGAUGAGAUGGAAACCAUACAUGAUCUUCCACCACUGACAGAGUACACUCAAGAAGAAGAUUACCCACCACUUGCGCGAAUCAUAACAUCGAAGCUCGGAGAGUUCGCCCAGAAAGUUGGGGAGGGACGCCAGUGGAUGCGUGCGCACGAAGACCAAGGCCCCUACCGCAGCAGGGUCUUUGCUAAACUGCCUAUGCAUCUGCUGUUGGCCAGCCUUAUAGAGACCAUUCUUGAAGAGCUUCAACUGCACGGCGUCAUCAUCACUCGCGAAUCGUUCAUACAGCGACUGGACCAGCAAUACCUGGCAGGCACCGACAGCUGUGUCGAUGAUUCAUCUCGAUGGGCCAUCCUGAACUCACUCUUCGCCACUGCGAUGCUGCACAAGACGACUAAUGAAUCCCUCGCGUCCGCAUCUCGGACUGCGUGGAGUUACUUUAAGAACGCAUUUUCAAUGUUCCCUGAGCUUAUCACGCGUGGCAGAGACGUGUCGGCAUGCGAAGCAUUGCUUGCCAUGACUGCCUUCACGCAAUGCACUGCCGACACGCAGAUGACCUUGCAGCUGACAGCCGCGGCAAGUCGUCUGGUUCAAACACUUGGUCUACAUCGUAGGGGCUUUUACAGCUCUCUCGAUGUUCAUACUGCCCGGAGACAUCAACGGGUUUUCUGGGCCACCUACGUCCUCGAGAUCGAGAUGAUGGAUAAGUACGGAUGUGGUUCCGGCCUCGCUUAUGGAGAAGCACCCUUAGAAUUACCUCUGAGGUGUUCAUCAUCAUCUUGUGCGGCGAUACAGGCCUGCAAAUGUUCGCCCCUGCUUCGGUGGAGAUCCGAGCUUGCCAUCAUCCAGAGAAGGAUCCAUGACCAACUUCAUCCGGAAGCAUCUGUCUUCCUUGACAGGGAAGAGACUCUAAGGAUUGUUUGCUCGAUAAAUGAACAGCUCCUGUCGUGGAAAAGAGGCUUACCAGAGGACAUGUCGAUGGAAGUCCACCAACAUGGGCCAGACUUGGAUACAGGCAUGGCCCUUUUGCUAUAUAACUUUCAUAACUCUGUGAGCAGAGUGCACAUGGCGCUCGUCCAUCUCAGGGCUCUGGAUGACUCUAUAAGGGCUUCCACAGUACCUCAAAUAGAGCCCAUAGCACAAAUGGGCCGGGAUGCCCCUUCUACCAGAUGUGAAAGUUCUGGCCCUUUACUAACAUUAGAUGUCACAAAGGGGAACUUUAUGCUAUCCCCUUUCGGCCGUAUUCAUGCUAUUGCUGGCGAACGUCUUGGUGACGACGGCUGUGAUGUUGACAGACUGCUGGGUGGAUGUCGUAAACUCCAUGACAUUGCCGUCCUUGCUUGCAGUGCUGUUCAGGAGUCGGAUCAUCCGCAAGAUGAUGAGACAACAAUGAAAAGAAGCGUUAUGUUGACGCGUCUUGAGACAACCCGCCAGAAGCUCUCUGGCGUCAAAGACUGGCUUAAGCUUGCACUAGGCUUCUUAAGCAACCUCCCUAUGCUCCUGGAAGAGGCCGAGGAAGUGCUUUCUGACAUUUUUGGGGGUGAUGCGCUGGAAGGAGUAUAUGGACGGUUCGUUCCUGAUUUGUUCAAGUCGCAUGCCAACAAUUUUGCAUUUCAUGUCUGA